AAAAAACAUGGCUCUUAACAGCUUAUAAAGAAUAUUGGAGACCAUUACCGUGGACUUAUUCUACAAUGAUAAACCUGUGCGUCAACCAGGACUGAGGCUAAUUUGGGUCCCUAGGUGAUGGCUGAUGUGCUGGAGCUCAGGACUGAUGGGAACUCUCUUCUGAAGGCGGUGUGGCUUCGACGUUUGCGCCUUACAAGGCUUCUGCUAGAGGGAGGAGCUUACAUCAAUGAGAGCAAUGACAGAGGAGAGACACCACUCAUGGUGGCAUGCAUGUCCAAACACUCUGACCAACAAAGUGUCAACAAGGCGAAGUUGGUCAAGUAUCUACUGGACAACAAAGCUGACCCUAACAUUCAAGACAAAGCUGGAAGGACGGCCCUCAUGCAUGCAUGCAGCCAGAGGGCGGGACAUGAGGUGGUGUCUCUCCUGCUGUCCAAUGGGGCUGAUCCAAGCCUGGAUGAUCGUCACGGAUCUUCUGCUCUAGUCUAUGCUGUCAAUGCAGACGAUAAAGAAUCCCUUAAAGUUCUUUUGGAUGCCUGUAAAGCUAAAGGCAAGGAGGUGAUUAUCAUCACCACUGACAAAUCCCCAUCUGGAACCAAAACCACCAAGCAGUACCUGAAUGUUCCUCCCUCGCCCGAGCUGGAUGGGAGAAACUCUCCUGUACCGUGUGCCUCGCCUUCAGAUAUAGAUCUGCAUGCAUCACCAUCUCCGAGUAAAGAGGAAGAGAAAGACACCGUUUUCAAUUUUCAAACCAAGUUUAAGUCAACCUCAAACACAGCUGCAAAACUCGCCAACGGACUUACCUCUCCCAGUAAGAAGCCAGUGAACCCCAAGAGGGCUCGUCUACCCCAGCUGAAACGUUUACAGUCCGAGCCCUGGGGUCUGAUCGCCCCCUCUGUCCUAGCAGCAGCCAAUGAAGAGAGCAAAAGAGCCAAUUCUGAUGAAAAUGUUGUUGGGGGUGUCAACGGGCUGAGUCUGUCCAAAAGAGGCACUUUGUCUCGUCAUAACAGCGUUGAUGGAAAAGAUAUUCUUUUUCCAAUGAUGGGAGAUCAGGCGACAAAAAUCUCCCCAACUUCAUCGCAUCCAACACCAUCCAAAGUUUCAUAUGACAGAUCUCUAUCACAGCACCAGCCUCUGACACGACGUAGCACCGUCCCCACAGAGCAGGACGGCUCUGGAGGAAACUAUGGGCCAGCUAGCCUCAGAGAUACAGUGUACAGGAGAAGACUGGGGAAUGAGCACUAUGACUCGGACUCUCAGCUGUACUCAGAUUCCAGCUUGCUAGACUCUCCCAAGGCACCCAUGGAGAGAAGAAAGCUCAACACAUCCCCCCUUGCAAUGCUUACAGGCUCACGAGAGUCGUUAGACAGCAAUCCCAGUGCCUCCUCCCCUAGCACAGCCAGAUGCAGAGCACCUGGUCUGUUGGAGCGGCGUGGCUCUGGAACGCUCUUGCUGGACUACAUUUCCCAUACGCGUCCGGGUCACCUGCCCCCAUUGAAUGUCAACCCUAACCCUCCUAUUCCUGAUAUAGGAGCCAGCAGCAAGCCCUCAUCCCCACUUGCAGCAGGAUUUAGACCAAUAGCUCCAGUAGCACCAAACUCACCAAAGAGAGGCAACCUCAGGACGAAGAAAAAGCUUGUUAGAAGGCACUCUAUGCAAGUGGAACAGAUGAAGCAGCUUUCAAAUUUUGAAGAGCUCAACAACCAGUCGUGAGACUCAAUCUAUGUAGAUGUAGCAACUUGAAGAUAUAUAAAAAUGAAAGCAGUCUGCGUUUUUAGACUACGUUGAUUGCUUAGACAGGUGAAAGCAGGUAGGCCCACCUGUAAUAGUAUGUAAAGAUAGUUAGCGCUGAAUGUAGCCAUUUAGGGCAAAGGGAUAUUUUAUCAUUCAAUAUGCUAGUUUGGAAAAAAUCUUAAAGUAGAAAUGAAUCUAAUGCCUAAGAGUUUAAAAAAGUCACAGAUGCAUAAAUAGCUUAUUGUGUUGAUAAGAUGAAGAUAUUUCAGGAUGCAACCUAGCUGUUAAAGAUGAGUCUAUAUCUAAUAUAUCACGUACCGUAGAGUAAGCUUAGACUUUCACUUCCUAUCACCCAGAGAACUAGUUUAAAAAAUAUAUAUAUACAGUAUAUAUUGCUAGAAAUGUGAUUUACAACACAGUCGCAAAAACACAACGAAAGAGUGUGCCAAUUUUCUUUCUGCAACAGUUUGUAAUCUCAAAGAGUAGGUGAGAGAGCAUUCUAAUUGUCUGGCGUAUGAAGAUUGCAUUUGACAGCUCCACUCUAGUCCUUCUGCUGCAAAUAAAAACAGAGAUUCAUUAAGGCAGACAGGAGAGUGAAUGUAAAACCAGACUGUCAAAAUAGCGCAGAGAGGUCAGCAGAUCAUAUCCAUUAAAAGAGAGAAUUCCACCAGCUCCUGAUUAAAAAAGCUGGACGUCCUGCAAGAAACCAAACCAGUUGAGUACUACUGGCAAAAUGAGGUACAAGAGAAGUAUCAGGUUUUAACAUACUCGGAUCAUUCUACACAUAAAAUGUUAGCUUUUAAAUGUUAAUGUUAAUAAUGACUGUGUGCAGAUGUAUCAUACAUGCAUUGUCUUUGGUCUAGAUUUUGUGAGAAAUACUGACCAUCUGUGAGCUAAUGAUAGGAAAAUCUGUCUAUAUUGUAAUUGAUUACAUCCUCCGUUGGUUGCAAUAACACAGGCAACAUUGCUAAUAUAAUUAUGACUUACUCUUAAAUGCAAAGAUGAUUCAUACUCAUAGAGCCCUUAGUUAACCUGGCUGUCUAUAGAGAUUUAAAUGCUCAGUUCGUUCCAUGAUGAAUUCAGGAGAUUGAAUGUUUGUAGCUAAUUAGUGUAUAGUGCCUUUGCAGGAGAGUAAAGGGUGUUCUGCAUCACAAAUUACAUGUUAGGAAAUACUACCGAGCACUAUUUAAAUCACAAUAUUAAAGCCACUUUGCCACAGGUAACAAAUCACAGUUAUAGGAUGAAGAACAAUCGACAAAAGUCACUUAGUAAAAUGUUUAACUUGAUGAAAAUGUAAAAAAAAUCACUAAGUUAAGUCUGUAGCGAAACAUGCCUUGUGAAAAACCAAUGACUAUUGUACAGAAUAAAAUGAACAUAGGUUUAUCCCUUAGUCAACCAAUGUUAUGUGGUAGAACAAAUGUGCCCAUGUUAUUUUGUGUGCAAAUGCAAAGUGCUUCAGAUUCAUUGCUGCUAUAUUCUAAUAGCCACUUGACUAAAUAAGGCUGUCAAAUAAUAAAUGUUCUAUAGUACAAGAGUUAGCUGGCUAACUCCUCACUAAUUUCCCCUGGAUUAAGACAUUAAACAAAAGCAAGAUCAGCAGAUGGAUUUAGUUUUUUGGUCCGUGAUUAUACAAUACACAUAAAAUGUGUCAUAAAAUGAUAUUUAAUAAUUCAUAAUUUAUAAUUGCAGGCAUUGUUAUUCAUGUACGAGUGGUA